CCUUGUGCUGCUAUAUUAGUGUUUACUUAGCAGGAAGAAUUUUCUUUUGGCUGCUGCAGCAGCAGCUGCCUCAGCAAGCCCGUCCGCCUGUAUGCAAGCCCUGCAUCUCUGGAGUCUGCUUGUCAUCUGUGCUGCUGCAGUAGGAAAGAAUCAAGAACAGAAGAAGAAAGAGUGCCCUAAGCUCAGCGCACAGAUGCCAGAAUUUCAGAAAAAAACUGUCCAUAUUAAGGAUCCAGGAAGGGUGGAAGAAAUUAUCUGUGGCCUCAUCAAGGGAGGAGCUGCCAAACUUCAGAUAAUUACAGACUUUGAUAUGACAUUAAGUAGAUUUUCCCACAACGGCAAAAGAUGCCCAACAUGUCACAACAUUAUUGACAACUGCAAACUUAUAACAGAUGAAUGUCGCAAAAAGUUAUUACAACUGAAAGAAAUAUAUUACGCCAUUGAAAUUGAUCCUAGUCUUACAGUUGAAGAGAAAUAUCCUUACAUGGUUGAGUGGUACAAUAAAUCACAUGCUUUACUUAUUGAACAAGGAUUGCAAAAGGACAAACUUGCUGAAAUUGUGAGGGAAUCUGAUGUUUUGCUGAAAGAAGGAUAUGAAAAUUUCUUCGAUAAACUCCAUGAACAUAAUAUCCCUGUAUUCAUAUUUUCUGCUGGGAUUGGAGAUAUCUUAGAAGAGGUCAUUCAUCAAGCAGGCGUCUACCAUCCCAAUGUCAAAGUAGUUUCCAACUUCAUGGAUUUUGAUGACAAUGGCAUACUAAAAGGAUUUAAAGGGGAACUCAUUCAUGUUUACAACAAACAUGAUGGUGCCUUGAAGAAUACAGAAUACUUUAAACAGUUAAAGGACAACAGCAACAUCAUAUUGCUUGGAGACUCUCAAGGAGAUUUAACUAUGGCAGAUGGAGUUGCAAAUGUUGAGCAUAUCCUUAAGAUUGGGUAUCUCAAUGAUAAAGUUGAAGAAUUGCUGGAAAAAUAUAUGGACUCCUAUGAUAUUGUUUUGGUGAAAGAUGACUCUCUGGAUGUGGCCAACUCAAUUCUACAAAAGAUUCUGUAAUAUGCAUUAUCAGCAACUGCUAGUUUUCCUCCUGCUGGAAGCAAUUGGACAGAUUAGCAUGCCUGUGCUGUUUUAAAAAAAUAAUACUGAUGCUGUUUGUCAUACAAUUGUCACAUUAUUUGGAAAGUAAUAUACUGUAUCCAUGAUCAUCUGGCCAUUUCUCUGGUACUGUUAAACACCCUUCACUUUUAAUUGCACCUGUUAUUUAUUCCAAUGGAAAGGCUGUAUGGGUCACUGGAAAAGGACUCCUUCAUUGGGGGGGGCAGGGUCACUCACAAUAAAGGGAUGGUUUUGGUAUAUAUGGAACUGUCGUAAAAAAUGAGAAGCAUCGUGAAUAAGCAAAUGUGCAAAUAAUUGAUUUGAUUACAUUUAAUUUAAAUUUCACCUUUAAUCUGAAGAGGUUCAAUACUGCAGGUUUGUGUAUAUCCCUAAAAACAAUACUCUGUUCCAGAGCACAGAGUAAGAAAGCUCACUAUUCACUCUUUUGUACUAGAAAGAACAGUUAGGUCUAAACAAUAACAAAAUCUUAAGGUCAAGUUGGCGAUAGCAAAGUAAUGCUGAAACAGAUCUUGUAGAGUGCUUUAUAAUAAUAUUUGCACAAGAAUGUACUUCUUUUGCCCUAUAAUUCGGCACAGGACAAUUUUGAAGUCCCUUUUUCUAAUUUCAAGAAUACCAAUGACAGAAGAUACUAUUUUCAGAAGCAUUGUAACUGUUUUCAAGCUAGCUUUAAAGGAUACUAUUUCAGUGUUACCUUUAGUGAGGUGAGCUAUAAGAUGUGAGCAAUAAAAAUAAAUAUGUGCUAGAGUGCUCUUCAUGCCUAGUCAGCAAAUACUUUGACAUGCAACUUUCAUUCUUAAGAACAUACCAAGAAACAUGCUGGAUCAGACCCAAAGGCCUAUGUAGUCCAGGAUUCUGUUCCUACAGUAGCCAACCAGAUGACGAGAAGUCCACAAGUAGGAUUCGACUAUAACACCCUCUCACCCACGUUCCCUCGUGUUGAGGCAUACUUGCUCUGAUACCCUAGGGUAUACAGCCAUCCUUGCAGAGUCAUUUAUAGGAAGUGGUUCCCCAUGAGUUUGCAGUAAUUUCAACAAAGCCAGCCUGAUCCCUCAUUCAGAUCUUGGUUAUAUUUUAGGUGCCAUCCAAUAAAGCUAAUAACAUGUAUCAGUUGGACCUGUCUUUGUUUUCUAGAAAGCUUUGUUAAGCCCUAGGGAGUUUUGCCCCUAUUCCCUUACUCUCCCUGGUUUUUUCCUGUAGUGUUACACGCAGAUAGCUAAAGAAAAAUCCCACUCUGCCAAAAGAGACCAAAAACACAGGAGUAUUUCACAUGUUGUUCAGAUUCAGCCUGCAGAAUAUUUUAAAACGUUAAGUAUUAAUAAUUCAUGGCACAUUUGAAUACAAAGUAAUUUACAAUCCUUAGCUUAUCUUUCCUCAAACUGUCUCUCAUAGAUGGGCUACUAAGUGGUUCAAAGUUCCUUUCCCCUCUCCCAAAGAAGUUGUGAAUGUGAUCUGAACCCAUGUGUCCCAUUUCCAAUUCCAGCAACAGCCAUCAGUUCAAAUGUAAAACUAAAAUUUCAAUCAAAAUUGUUUAACACCAAACCUUUCACAAUCCCUACUCACAUACAUAGAAGUGUCUUGCACGAUGUAUUUGUCAAUAUUUUAUUUAAUAAAAAUACCAGCAUGUAUCACA